CCCUCAGAUUCUCAUAGAGGUCUGGUGAGGGACAGGCAGCGCCCGCUUAUUCCACGCGCACUCCUGCAAAACAACACCAGUCUUAAUCUAAAACGAGACUUUUAUUAACGUGGCGUCACUCCAAUUAAAACAUCGCGGAACAAGAUGAAUCUGCUCAUACUGGCCACUCUUUUCUCAGUGGUUUUGGCCGAAAAAUCACCUCGACUGAAAUUUACCGUAAUGGAGUCACCUCGGUUUCGCUUCAUGAAACCUGAGAACUACACAAUGGUUUACCACCAACAGGAAACUGAUGUCCUGUUUGUAGGGGGCCAAGGGGUCAUCUAUAAGCUCAACUUCAGUGAUAAAGGAGUGCAUGACACGCAGAUCCAUGCGGUAAUGGAUGAGAAUGCAAAAGAGAUGUGUGUCUCUAAAUCACCAGCAUGGAAGCAAGAGUGUGCUAAUUUCAUCACAGUAAUUGAGAGAGUUGGUGAUUCGCUCGUGGUGUGUGGGACAAGAGCAGGUGCUCCUAAAUGUUGGCUCCUGGUAAAUGACAGUGUAUUGACGGACAUGCAGGAGGAAACAGCAGCAUCUAACAUCUUGGCACCUUACCCUUCUCAGCGCUCCAUCAGUCUGUCAGCAGAUGGGAAUCUAUACUCUGCUCUGUCAGCGGUUGCAGGACAGACUGGCUCUAUCCGUCGCACAUAUGGCUCCAAAAAGCAGCUGAGGACAGAGAAUAAAUGGUUACAGAAUCCCCAGUUUGCAGGAGCCGCUGUGAUACCACACACAGAAAAACUCAAAGAUGAGAUCUAUUUCUUCUUCAGUGAGGUCAAUGGUACAGCCAGUCUAGAUGAAGAGCCAUACAGGGCUCGCAUAGGGCGAGUCUGCAUGGUUGAUGAGGGAGGGCUUCAGAACAUGCUGCCGAAUUCCUGGACUACGUUCCUAAAGGCACGGGUGAUGUGUGGGAAAGCUGGAACUCCUGUACAGUACAACAACUUCAAGCAGGCUUUCGUUCUGUCCUCUCAUCUACGCAUUGGUUUGAUAUACGGCAUCUUCUCCAAUGCUUGGAACACCACCGUAGUGUGUGCCUACUCCAUUGAAGACAUUGAUCGAGCCUUUUCUACAUCCAAACUGAAGGGCUACAACUCACCUUUGUCAACUCCCCGUCCUGGAACGUGUGCCUUUAGGAAUAAUACUCAGGCUCAUAACCAAAAGAUCCUGACUGUGAUCAAGGAUCACCCUGAGAUUGAGGACGUGAUCAUCCCGGUCGACGAAGCUCCUCUAGACCUCCCAGUUCAAGACCACUUCACACAUAUUGUGGCAGACACAGUCUUGGCUGUCAAUGAAGAACACUACAGCAUCAUUUAUCUGGCCACAGAGAAGGGAAAAGUCCUGAAGGUGCUGCAUGCCAUAGAAGGAGCCUUUAUCAUAGCACAGUACUCUUUAUUCCAUGAUGAUAGUCCCGUUAUCAACAUGGCCAUUGACUCUAAAAAGGGUCAUCUCUAUAUUGGCACAGAGCUUGAGGUGCAGCGCAUCCCCCUGGCUGACUGUGGUCGUUACGGAGCCAGCUGUCAGGAAUGCAUCCUUUCACGAGAUCCAUAUUGUGCGUGGGAUGAGUCCAAGAAGAAAUGUACUGCAAUCCCACCAGACUACAACAAUAGCACUGGAACCCUUGUUCAGAACCUUGACCACUCCAAUGCCUCGGUCUGUGGCUAUGCUACAGCUCCUAAGGCACGUAGCACCAUCCCCAAACAGGUUUUAGUGGAUAAAGAUGGACCCGUCCUGCUACCAUGCCCUGUGCGCUCCUAUCAUGCCACUUACCGCUGGGAGAAAGACAACUGCAUCAAGCAAUAUCCUUGCACCAUCUCUGGCUCAUCCUGUGUGCUGGCGCCCACCCCUGACCUGCCUCUGAAGGAGGGCGUGUUCCGCUGCAUGGUGGAGGAGAGCGGCCUGCAGCAGGAGGUGGUGUCCUACAAGCUGGUGUUCAACGGUGGGCCCCUCUGCACCUCGCUUGCCUCCACCCUGGGGUCGGCUCUGCUGCUGGCUGCCACGGCACACUGGCUCCUGUAGAUCCAAUGAAUCAUGGGGGCACAAAAGCAAACAAGAUUAAUAUUAAGGUCAGCAGAGCAUGAGUACCUAGGCCGGUCCGACUAAACUGUAGGGGAGCAGCUGAUCUCUGUAUAAACUGUGUUUCUUGUUUCUUAUUCAGAGCAAUCACAAAAUUAUUAUUUUCUUUAAAGGGCCGAGAAAAUGCCUGGAAUCUUCUCAUUUAUCAAAAUGCUUUAUCAUACCAAACUUCAGUGUUAUGUAAAACAUUAACUUAUGUAAGUGAACUAUUUUAUGUCAUCAGCCUGAAAGCAUUUAGACUUAUAAACUGUAUAUUCAAUAUCUAAUACAUGAGAUUUGUACUGCAUAAAACAUUGCUUGCAAAAUGUUAGUGCCAUCAUUCAGAUGUUUCAGAGGACUGCUUUGCUAACUACACUCAGACAUGGUAUCCAGAUCAGUUGGUUAGUUUUCUUAGUAACACCACUUUUCAGAAAGGUUCAGUUACAAUAGUUAAGAAUAGGGUAUCAUGAACUAACUAUGAAUAAUUUUUUAAAGAAUUUAGCAACCAGGGUUAAUUUACUAUUAUUUAACAUUUAAUAUGCUAUUGUUCAUUGUCAAUUCAUGUUUGUUCAUAAUACAUAAAAUAGACAGACUGCCCACUAUAUAAAGGUGAAAUAG